AUGUCAUUGAACUGGAUUAUGAGAACUCCAAAUGGAGUCAAUCCACCUUUUGUGCUUUUAGAUGGUGAAAAUGUCAAGUAUACAAGUCCACAACCAAUAGAGAUCAAAUUGAAAGCUAUACAACUAGAGAAACCAGAUGUCAUAACUAUAAAAGGAUCAAUAUAUUUGACCGACAAGAGACUAGUCGUUCUUUCUACUGGUGCAGGUAACCAGGAUAAUGAUUCAUUUUCAUUGUUGUACAAAGAUAUGAUUUCACACAAGUUAGAAAUGCCAUGGUUUGGAAGCAAUAGUUAUAAAAUCUUAUUCAAAAUUACUAGUGAACAAAGUGGACUCAACUAUUUAUAUACAUGGCAAUCUAAUAUUCAGUUCCCACAAGGAGGAGCUAUCCAGUUCCAUGAGGAAUUCUCCAAACUCAAAACUUGGUUUGAUAAUAAUCAGGAGGAUGAACCGUUACCAGCGUAUACUGGUUAG